UCUCUCUUUAUCAAUUCAGACAGCGCCUAAAAUAUAGUUUUGUUUUCCCAGAAAGGCGUGAAGUCAGUUGGGUUUUGAUAAGAAGCGAUGCUCGCCUGUUUUCGCAGAUACGGAGGAUUUCUGGCGGAGUUUUGAUGCGCUAGGCUGAUGAGCUGAAUUUCUAAGUUUAAAAAAAUGAGCUCAAAGAAUUUUUGUCUGGAUGAUUUCGUCGCAGGAUGGAUCGGCGGCGCCUCCAGUGUGGUCGUAGGACAUCCGCUGGAUACAGUGAAGACGCGGCUCCAGGCAGGAAGUGGCUACCAGAACACGCUGCACUGCAUCCUCUCCAUCUACAGGAAGGAGACGGUGAUGGGGUUCUUUAAGGGCAUGUCUUUCCCGCUCGCCAGCAUCACUAUCUACAACUCAGUUGUGUUUGGCUUCUUCAGCAACACUCAAAGGCUCAUAAGCAAGUAUCGCUAUGGCGACGGACGGCAUCCCUGCGGCAUGCUGGACCUGACUGUGGCCAGCAUGCUGACUGGACUGAUCUCAGUGGGGCUCGGCGCUCCAGUGGACCUGGUCAAGAUCCGACUGCAAAUGCAGACACAAAUGGUUCUGGCAGAGAACCUCCAGCUGGCUGGUAAUGUGGCCAACGGCACCAACAUCCCGCUUCGCUCCGUUGACAUUCCCAACCAGCGACUCUACAAAGGCCCGAUUCACUGCAUCAGCAGCAUCCUGCAGACCCAGGGCAUACAGGGACUCUACAGGGGGGCCGGGGCCAUGAUCCUGAGGGACGUCCCCGGAUACGCACUCUACUUCAUCCCUUACUCCAUCUUCUGUGACCUGCUGACCCCUUCCAGCUCGUCCAGCCCUCAUCCCUGCUCCAUCUGGCUAGCCGGAGGUUUAGCAGGGUCCAUCUCCUGGGUCACGGCCACUCCAGCUGACGUGGUGAAGAGCCGAAUGCAGGCCGACGCCCAGCUGCAGAAGAAGUAUAAGGGAGUUUUGCACUGCAUCGUCCAAAGCUACAGAACCGAGGGAGCAGAGGUUUUCUUCCGGGGAGCUUCUGUGAACGCCAUCCGAGGUUUCCCGAUGAGCUCCACCAUGUUCCUGAUGUACGAACUCUCUCUACAGUUCUUCAGGAGUCAUUAGGACGCCUGGGAAUCCGGAAACGCUCAGCCAGAAACCCAGCGAACCGGAACCAGUCUGCUUUAGACGAGAGAUUGUGAGCACUUUAUAAUGGCUGAGUCAGCAGCUUUUAGUCAAAUGUUUGAGGUCUGAGCCAAAAUGACCCUUUGUAUUACAGUGUUACAUGGCAUUCAUGUGAUGAUCUGUUGGAUAAAAAAUGCAGCAGGCAAGAAGAUCUGAAAAUGUUAUUUUAGUGACAUUAUGUAAGUUAGACAUGCAGGUACUCAGAGAUGUGGAUUUUCUUAAUGAAUUUCGAAUAAUAACUGAUUUAAUUUGGAUUUUUUUCAGACUAAAAGGGUUGAGAUGCAAUUUUUAGAAAUCACUAAAAUGAGAAAAAAAUAUAUUUUUAAUGUAUGUGACAUUUUUGACACUGUGAUUAUCAAACUCAAUAUUGUGAUACUGUCUACUUCUACUUGUAUCUGUGUUUCUUAUAUUAAGAAAAGUGAGUUUUCCUUCAGUUAAUUUUAACUUUCCAAUACCUUUUCUGAGCCACAGUGGCACAUUUACAUUGUUUUAAGUUUACUUUUGUUCUGCAGCAGAUCAACACAUUUCAGCCACUAAAUCAACAUUACCAUCACAGAAGGGAACUCAAACGGAAAUAUUAACAUUUUACAUAGCUUUAUACUCAUGUAAAUAAGUGUAAAUAUGUUUAACUGCUUUCCUGGAUAUUGAAAAGCCUAGAGUGUCUUAUUAUACUUAAAUAAAUCUUUAUAAACACCUCAUGA